UUGCGCAGUUCGUUUCUGCGUUUUUUUAGCUUGUUUUUGUUGCGUGGUGGUAUAGAGACUUGCUCAUUUCACUUAUUUUGUUGCUGCGUGGUUGGGCAUUGCGGUUUUUAGCAUUGUAUUGUUGGAUGGAGUGCUGUGCGUAGUCUUGUUGGUUGCAUUUUCGACUAUGGCUGUUUAUUUUUUUUUAGGGGUUGUUAUUCUUGUGAGCGUUUUAAAACCUCCGAUUCAGUAUCGUAGAUGGCAGAAUUGAAUUGGAGAUGAAGUUAUUCGUUCUGAGUUUUUUGAAUUAAGUUUACCGAGAGGGGGGGAAGAGCGCAGAGCAUUCCACAUGGAAGGUUUAGUUCGAGGUUCGUUCACCUUUCUACUGCUGCGAUGACUUUGACGGGGAGGUGCGUGUUUGAGUGCCAUUGAUAAAUUGCACUCGAAUUGAGUUUUUUUUCUUGUGGUAGGAAAUUUGAGUGUCAUUGGUAUGCUUCCAUUGUGAUUGUUGGCAUGGUUGUCAGCAGUUUUUGACUUUGUAAAUUAUUGAAGUUCUCAGAUUCCAGCACAGUUAGCAAUUUUCGUUCCCUACUAAGGAUAUAAUUUCCUGAUUCCAAUUUUAUUUGUUCUAACUCAGAAAAUCUUACUCUGGAGAGCGUCUGAUAUUUUACAAUUUUUAAGUUACAUUUGAAAUGCAACCUGUAGAGCAUUUGAACCUGAUUGAUCCCUCGUUAUGUCGUCAUGUUUGACUUGGCGUGAUCGAGACCGAUCGACGGUAUCAAAUCGACACCAUCAUGGUGAGCAUGGAUGCUCAAUCCGUAAGGCCAAGGGCACAGUGCAUUACAGAUUGCUUAGUAGAGGUAGUGCAGAACGUAGCGAUAAUCACUAUCGUUCGCAUCGGAGUCGAAGUACCAGUCAGGAUUGGCGAGGAGGGAGGGACGAGCAGAGUCGGUCUCCAGUUCAGUCACCUGUUCAUCGAAGGUCAAGAAAUGUGAGUCGUGAUUGGAAGGACGCAGUCACUAGCCGGUGUAGGAGCCGUGAGAAGUUGAUGAGUGAUGAACACGGAUGCCGAAGUCACAGUAGGGAUCGCAAGAGGAGGCUUGAUCGGAAGGAGACGGACGAUAGCCAUAGUCAAGAGAAAAAGGAGGAGGAAAUCCAGAGGGAAAAGAGUAAGGGAGUUGAGAAGGAAAAAGAAUUCAGUAAAUCUAAGGAGAAUUUUGGUAGCAAUCAAAUAAUUGAGGACGACCAGGUUUUUCCUGUAGAUGGCGGCAGGCCGAAUCCAAGAAUUCAAGAGAAUAACAGAAAGCCUGAGUCGCAGCCCCUAUCAUUGGAAGGCUUUUUGAAGAAGUGCAAGGAGGAUUCAGUGCAGCAGGCAAAGCCAGUGUUUUUGACAAAGGCGCAGAGAGUAGAGAUCGCAUUGAAACGUCGACGUGAAGAAGCAGCUGAACAGCUGAAAAGGAAUGAGGAGUCUUGUAAGCUUUUGAUGGGGACUGAAAGUAAAAGCAAGAGUCAUGAAGAUAGAGAUCAACCUCGCGAAAAAUCACGUGAAAGGGGUCGUGAUCAUGACCACGAAAUUCGCCAGGCUCGCGAACAGGAGCGUGAUCGUGACCGUCGAGAAAGGGAAAGAGAGCGCGAGGAAGAGAUAAAACAACGUGAGAAGGAACGCUUACAGAAACAGGCACAACGUGAGCAUGAAAAGGAACUAGAGCUGAUUAAGGAACAAUAUUUAGGUGCCAAGAAGUUCAAGAAGCGAGUGGUCAAGCCAAGUGAAAAGUUCCGCUUUUCCUUUGAUUGGGAGAGCACGGAAGAUACUUCAAGAGACAUGAAUCCAAUAUAUCAAAACCCACAUGAAGCUCAGCUUCUAUUCGGUCGAGGUUUUCGAGCAGGCAUGGAUCGGCGUGAACAAAAGAAGCUGGCAACCAAGAAUGUAAAUGAUUUGAGGAAAGAAAUUCGGCUUAAAAAUGGAAUCGAGGAGAUGCCAGAGGAAAAUGUUGCACAGAAGCAGGAGGAUGUAGCAAAUCUGUAUGACGCAUUUGAUAUGCGUGUUGAUCGUCAUUGGUCUGAAAAGAAGGUUGAGGAUAUGACGGAGAGAGAUUGGCGAAUUUUCCGAGAGGACUACAACAUUUCGAACAAGGGUUCACGCAUCCCAAGACCAAUGCGAAACUGGGCGGAGGGUGAUCUUAGCCAAGAGCUAUUAAGAGCUGUGGAAAAAGUUGGAUACACAAAACCGUCACCUAUUCAGAUGGCUGCCAUACCUAUUGGACUUCAGCAACGUGAUGUCAUUGGUAUAGCCGAAACUGGUUCUGGGAAGACAGCAGCAUUUGUAUUGCCCAUGCUCACCUACAUUUCUAAGCUUCCUCCAAUGACAGAUGAUAUUGAAGCAGAAGGGCCCUAUGCGGUGGUCAUGGCGCCUACUAGAGAGCUGGCACAACAGAUUGAAGAUGAGACUGUCAAAUUCGCACAUUUUCUUGUGUGUAUACUAAGCACCCUGUGUUGCUGCUGGACAGCUAUACGUCGCUAUUAUGACAUCCGUGUUGUGUCGAUUGUCGGAGGUCAAUCCAUUGAAGAACAAGGCUUUAAGUUGAGACAAGCAGGAUAUGCUGUUCUUAACCAGUGCAAUUAUGUAGUAUUAGACGAAGCUGAUCGAAUGAUUGACCUGGGCUUUGAACCUCAGAGCAGUAGACGGUAUUCUGGAGCACUUUUUAUUGACUUGAUCUUUUUACGCAAGUUGGGAGAAGUGAUGGGAGUUUUGGAUGCAAUGCCUUCCAGUAAUCUGAAACCGGAAAAUGAAGAUGCUGAACUUGAUACUCAGAAGAUUUAUAGAACAACUUACAUGUUUAGUGCAACUGUGCCACUUGCACUGGAGCGUUUGGCCCGAAAGUAUCUACGUAAUCCUGUUGUGGUAACAAUCGGAAUGGCUGGCAAGGCAACAGACCUUAUCACACAGCAUGUGAUGAUGGUCAAAGAAUGCGAAAAAUUGGAAAAGCACGAUACCAGACCGUCCUCCAAGAAGAAAUGACACCGUCUUUGCCCACUAGCAUCAGGAGAAAGGUGAAACACCGUCUGAUGACUGCUUUACAUCAUUCAUACCUGGGUGCUUAGCAUAUAGAGGAACCACCCAGAAAGACAGCUUCGUUCGAAGUGAAGGUCCCUUCUCCUCGUAAAUACGAAUUCGACCAGAGUUUUGUGGUCGUGUUGGAAAUUUAUGUAAGUAAUGAUGACAAACUCCAAGUAAACUUAUCUACAGCUUCUUCUACAA